AUGAGCAAAGCAUUUGAUAGAGCGAACCAUUCAAUUCUCCUCCAACGAGUGAACGACGUGGUGACCAAUCCACGCAUGGUAGCCUGGAUACAGAACCAUCUGCAGGGCCGUACCCAGAGAGUGGUUGCUAACGGUAAAGUCAGCGAGUGGAGAGUACUCACUUCGGGGGUACCUCAGGGAGGUGUACUGUCACCCUACCUUUUCCUCCUGUUCAUGAGUACUCGAGACGUAGUCUACAGCGACACUCUUGAUGUCGGCUACGCGGACGACGUGGGUUUGUCCAGGUCUAUCUCCCUGGAGAAGGAUCGCGUGGAUAACAGUAUGAGAGAGGAAGCGCUACAGCUUGAUUCCUGGGCGGAGUGCAAUGACAUGCUGCUAAACGGCAAAAAAAGUCAGUCUCUGUUGAUCUGCUUCAGCAGAAACAUUCCACUUUUACCGCCACUCUCUCUCGGCGGUGAACCCGUACCAUUCUCAAGGGUCGCAAAGGGCCUUGGGUUCAUCUUCGACUGCAAGCUGUCAUGGCACGACCAUGUUCAAUCCCUCGUUUCAAAAGCAUCGAGCAGGCUGCACUAUCUCAGACUACUGACUAAACAGGGGAUGUGCGUGGCUGACCUGGUUCAGAUUUACCUGUCACUUAUUCGUAGCGUUCUUGAAUACGGUCACGUUCUGCUGGUAGGUUGCAGCAAAGAACAAUCGGACAGUAUGGAACGGGUACAGAAACGGGCCCUCCGUAUCAUCUCUCUCGGGGGUAGGCGAUCAGUUCCCAACUUACCUUCCUUAAAAGAAAGGAGAGAAGCUGCUGCAGUAAAGCUCUUUAAGGACAUGUUAAGACCCGAACAUCCACUGCACGACCUUGUGCCUCCUCAGAGACGCACAGUUACUGGCAGGCAACUGAGGAACAAGAACGCGUUCACUCUCCCCAAGGCAAGAACUGACAGACUGAAACAGUCGUUCCUCCACACUGCAGUCAGACUUUAUAAUAACUCUAUUUCCUAG